CAUGUGUACUGUGUUGAAUGAAAGCUUGCUAAAUGAUAGCGUCUGUAGGAAAACGGCUUUACAUUUUGUGAAUGAAUUUGUUCUAACUUUAAGUUGAUCUGUUGAUGGAUUAGAGUUUAUCAGUUUCGUUUAUAUCCUUGUGUUAAUCUGGCCGGAAUUUAUUCAAAAAUCAUAAAAGUGUGUAUGGCUGACAUCUCUUUAUUUGACUUUGUCUAGUUGACCCCUCUGUAAUUUCCUUUAUUGUGACUUUUGUGAAACACUUGUUCUGUGCCUUUGGAUAUGUCUGACCAAAUAAGCAAUUCGCGGGACCAAGUAACCGGUCCACCACGAGGCCCAGCUCCACCCCUGCCUGAGAAACCACCAUCGGUGGCAGAAAGAACUAGACUUCUGCGUUCUAGCUUUAGGAAAGAUGAUUUAGAAAAACCUAAAGUUCCAGAGAAACCAGAUAAUCGCACACUUAACGGUCAAAAGCAGGAAGGUGGAUCUGUUAAUGGUGAGAGAUCCCCAUCUCCUCCAUCCAAUUCAUCCUUCCAUAAAACUGCAGACUCACCCACCUCAACAGAUGGCAAGACCUCUACUAUUGGUGGACAGCCUCAGAUAGAAACCACAGAGGCAAUGAAUGCAGCAAAAAGAGAUGCUUUUUUCCGAGCUGGUGGUGAUGGGCCAACAACAAAAUUUGACCCUACAGCAAGAUAUGGUGGUCUGUCUAGAAAGGAGGAUCCUAAUAUAGAAACAGAAAAAGAGAGAGAGAGAAAGUAUGGUGCAGAGACACGCAAAGAAUUGGAAGGAUAUGUUGGGUUUGCCAAUUUACCUAACCAAGUGUACAGAAAAUCUGUCAAACGUGGAUUUGAGUUUACCCUGAUGGUUGUUGGUGAAUCUGGUUUAGGAAAAUCAACUUUAAUCAACUCAUUGUUUCUAACUGACCUGUACAGUGCUGAGUACCCAGGACCCUCACACAGAAUACAGAAAACUGUUAAGGUUGACACCACACAAGUGACCUUAAAAGAGAAUGGUGUUCAGCUGAGACUGACCAUAGUGGAUACACCAGGCUUUGGGGAUGCAGUUGAUAAUAGUAACUGCUGGUCCCCUGUGACAGACUUCAUAGACAGUAAAUAUGAGGAAUACCUGAAUGCUGAGUCCAGGGUCAAUAGGUCAACAAGUGCAGAUACACGAGUCCACUGUUGUUUGUAUUUCAUUUCUCCUACAGGGCACGGAUUAAAGCCUUUAGAUGUGGAGUUCAUGAAGAGACUACAUGACAAAGUCAACAUUAUCCCUCUCAUUGCCAAGGCUGAUACUUUGACUCCAGAUGAAUGCCGGGAAUUUAAAAAAACUAUCUUGAAUGAAAUAGCUCAACACAAGAUUAGAAUCUAUGAGUUCCCUGAUUGUGAAGAAGAAGAAGAAAUGAAGAUCCAAAAAAAACUACGGGAUCGAGUGCCCUUUGCAGUUGUUGGCAGCAACAGAGUUCUUGAGGUCGGAGGUAAAAGAGUGAGAGGUCGUCAGUACCCAUGGGGAAUAGUUGAAGUGGAAAACCUGGAGCAUAAUGAUUUUAUUGCUCUAAGGAAUAUGGUCAUUAGGACUCACAUGCAAGAUCUGAAAGAUGUUACCAACAAUGUCCACUAUGAAAACUUCCGAUACAAUAAGCUGGCACCAUCUACAGCUGAGGGAAAUAAGGUCAAGCCAGGGUCACUCACUAAAGAUCCAUUAAGUCAGAUGGCUGAGGAGAGAGCUGAACAUAACGCAAAGAUGAAAAAAAUGGAGGCUGAAAUGGAGCAAGUCUUUGAAAUGAAAGUAAAGGAAAAGCGGCAGAAACUCAAAGAUUCUGAAGCAGAUCUACAAAAACGCUCUGAACAAAUGAAAAAAAGUCUUGAACAGCAGCAGAAAGAACUUGAUGAUAAAUGGAAAGAAUUUGAGAAGGAGAAAGCAUCAUGGGAGGAGCAAUGGGGGGAGAGGCGACGCUCUCUAGAGAACCAAAAAGACUCCCCUACAUCCAGGGCCAAGAAGUGGAUGUCACUCAAGUAAAAAGGCCAAGAAAGGUUUGUUCUAGAGAUGAGCCCUCCUCUUGCAUCUUUGAAGAGACAAAUUUGUUCUGCAAUAGAUUCAUCAACAGUUAUCUGCACAUGGCAAGAGAUUGAACAAAAAUGAUGUGCACUUAAAUGCUGUCCACAAGUAUUGAGUGCCUCAGUUGUUGUAUUGUAAUCCCAUGUUGUACUGUACUCCUAAAAGACUUGGUCCAUCAGGACUAGACCAACUCAUGUGUUCAUGUCUGCUCAGCAUCUAAUUAGCUGAUCAGUCUAAACAUUUUUUUUCUGCUUGUGCUGUUUGCAUGUUUUCAUAUCUGACGUUUUGCCUACUUGCGUUAGCCCAGUCAUAUUGAUGUUUGAUUACCACUGGCUAACCAGUUAAUGUCAACAAUUUGAUGUUUUUUGCAUGUCAUGUAAGAAUAUUUAUAAGUUGCUUCUUCUUUGCUAGAAUCUCCUCAGUGGAGACCCAAAGUUAUGCCUGUGGCAUUUUUUUUUUACCUUUUUGAUCUAACAUGUAGAAAAUAAUGUGCACCUAACCCAAAUGUUGCUUAAGGCAGCUGACAUUUGAUUUGUCACUUAAUAAAAGAAUCAUGCAAUAUGUUCUUUUUUGUUUGAUUUGUGUUUUUUUAUAUUACAAUUUUAAAAUCAGCUGAAGCUUUAAAACAUACUUGGAUUCUAAAUAAAAAAAUUUAAAUGAGAGAUUUGGGAAAAUUUAAUAUUGGUGAAAAUAAAUGUUUCCAAUUACAAGCUGCUAUGGAUCAGCAAUUUUCUGAGUCAUCGAAUCAUGUUACGGGAAAUUUUUAAAUGUUGUUAAAUAAAAUCAGCUCUCAUAGCCAUAGAUUUUUUUUUCCUAAUAAAACAUCUAGUUGAGUAGUCACUAAUCAGUGUUUAAAAUAUGAUAAAGGAAAAAAUGCUGAACGCUAUAUUUUUGUUAUUUCUUCAUUACAUGUAUAAACUUUAUGUAAUUUAUUAUAAACUAUUUUUUUUUGUUUCUAGUAGAUGCAUGUUUGACCUCUAACAUAUUAUCAAAAUAUUUUUCAAGGCUGAUGAAGUCUAUUGGAAUUUUAUUUUGUCAGCUCUAACAAAUUAAACUGCAAGUCUUACACCUUAUUCACUGGUCAAAACAAGUUUUCAAGGCGCAAAUACUUAAGUUAGUCAUUUAUCAAAUGUAAGAAAAAAUCUGCUUCAUGUAUUUUUAUAUUUUUAAACCUUUUAAUAGUUUGAAAAAUUUGAAGAAUAAAAUUGUGAGAAAGGAUCUUUGCACAUGAUGUAUUCCUUGUCAUUAGUUGAGGUCUGAACAUCUGAUCACAUUCAAACAUCAAUUUCACUUUGUGUUCUUAUGUUAACCUUUUUUUUUAAACUUUGUAACAACUGCGUUUUUUAACUUCUAUUACACAGCUUUUGAUCAGCGCUCAUUUUAAUUGAAAAUAAAAUUUGUUUUCAAAUGGUAAAACUA